AUUUUGGUUCAAGGCUCGAGCGUGCUUAAGGAAAAUGUUGUUGCUAGUGCGCCGGGGACGUCCCGGGACAUCGUCGCCGAGCUCGGCGCAGCAUCGUCCGCCAUGCCGCCCGCGUGCCGGCGCCCUGCGCUCCGCGCCCCGCUGCCGACCUUGCUGCUCCCGUACCUUGGGGCGCUGCCCUCCCUCAGCAUGCGCGACCACUUGUUCGCCGAGGUGGAGCUGGGCGAGACCACCGCUCUGGCGGCCGAGCCGGGCCCGGCCAAGAGCCAAAACGUGUCCGAGAUUGUGGGCGCCGCGACCGAGCAGACGCUCGAGCCCCUGCAACGGACCCAGAAGGCCCUGCAGGCGAGGCUGCAGGAACUGGACGCCAAGAUGGUUGAGCUGAAGGACGACGAGACCAUGGGCCAGCCCGUGCCCAUCGACGAGGUAGACCCUGGCUGCCAGGGUGAUUUCACGAAGCUGCCGGCUGCCGCGCGCCAGCCUUUUGUCGGGUUUGCGAAGUGCAGGGGCGCCUGCGAGAACCGGGCCAUGGUCCCCGAGGGCGCGAACCUGGAGGCCUCUACGAACAUGCUUCUGCUAUGUGUGCGUCGGCCCCCUGAGGGGCGACGCGCGCGCUCAGAAAGCGAACUGUCGAUGCUCGGCGGCGGGCGCCCUUUUUGGAAUUAGCACCUGGCGCGGGCUCGAAUGGCAAACUCCUCAGAAGGAGAGCAUUUUCACGCUCCAGGACUCGCCUCAGAAGAAGCAGCGGUGCAGAAUACAGUCGGGGCCCUGAAGUCAACGCCCCGACUGUGCAUGCUGCAGACAGGCGGCACGCUGCCGGAGACACUUCUCUCCAAUAUGGCUGGCACCGCCUCGAUGUCCGAGUGCACCCUGCUCGCAUGGAUGUCUUCGUUUGGAAGAAAGGCACAGACACCAUUUAUCGUCGACUGCCCAGGAGAUGUGGGAAAA